AUGCCACCUCAAAACCGCGCCCGUGAGGGCUCCAUCCCAGGGACCGUCGACCUAUCAGCUGCAGAAGGCGAAACUACGAAUGCCAGUUAUGGACAAGCACUCUAUCCUGUUCCUACGGAUGAUCCCAAUGAUCCACUUCUUUGGCCAACCUGGAAAAAGACCUCCAUUCUCAUCAUUGUUUCGAUAUACUCCUUCCUCGGCAACUGCUCCCUUGUUGGGCCGUCCGUCUAUAUUGAAAUUUAUAGUGAGGAGUUUGAUAUCUCGCAUGCUGAUGCGUCGGGGCUGAUUUCGUAUCCAAAUUUGGCGUUUGGCUUUGGGUCGUUGGUACUUGUCCCGAUGUACCUCAAACUAGGGAGGCGAUUUGUGACGCUUUUGUCUAUGGUCAUGUUCGUCGCCGGCCUCAUCGGCGCUUCCCGCGCAACAAGCUUCACCGGCCUCAUGAUUGCUCGAGUCUUCCAUGGCUUCGGCAGUGGAGUAUGCGAGUCUCUUCCCGUGCAGCUGGUGAACGAUAUCUUCUACCUGCAUGAGCGGGGGAAGAGGAUUGGGUACUAUACUGUCUGCUUAUGCCUCGGCUCUACGGGGCCCCUUUAUGCUGGUUAUAUGCUUGCUGGCGGAUACUCUUGGCGGCUGUUCUUCUAUGUCGUUGCGGCUUUCGCUGGGGCGUUGCUCGUGGCUGCAUUCUUUCUGGUCGAAGAGUCGCGGUUUCAUCGACCGGGGCCUGUGGUGGUAUCAACGCCUAAUUCUGGACCGGGGGGCUCACUCGAAGAGGACGAAAACGAGAAGCAAGUAGGGCAUGCUACAGAGGUUGAAGCGCUACCAGCCUCCAACGCAAGCCCCGACCCCAUCCCGAAACGGAGAUCCUUCAUGGAGACGCUCAAGCCCUAUGCACCCAUCGACCACGAAGCAGAGUUCUUCGGCACUAUACUGCGCUCCUUCGCGUACUUCCUUGUCCCCGCCGUGCUCUGGGUAAUCACCAGCUACGGAAUCUACAUCGGCCUCGGCGCCCUAACAUUCAACUACACCUUCCCGCUCCUAAUAACUACAUCCCCCUACAACUGGCCGCAAACAUCCAGCGGCCUAAUCGCCCUCGCAACAAUCCUCGGCUUCGCAAUCGCCCUCCCCUUCACACCAACCUCCGACAUCAUCGCAGCCAAACUAACCAAGAAAAACUCGCACGUCCGGGAGGCCGAGAUGCGCUUGCCUGCUCUCCUCCCUGCAAUCCUUCUCGCACCUGCCGGCCUAAUAACGUACGGUCUAACCGCACAGAACGAACUCCACUGGACGGGGUACUUCGCAGGCGUGGCAAUGACGCAAUGCGGCGCGUACUUCUUCUUUACGUUUACGCUGGCGUAUAGCGUAGACAGUUACUUUGCAGAUGUGAGUGAGAUGCUUAUCGCAAUGAAUCUGGGCAAGCAGGCGAUUUCGUUUGGGAUGGGGAGUUACCUGUUGGAUUGGAUCGAGGAGCGGGGGUACGCUGUUGUUAUUGCGGGGGUGUUUUGUGCGGUUGCUGUUGCGAAUAAUCUUGUGGUUGCCGUGUUUUGGGUUUGGGGGAAGAGGAUUAGGAUAGGCACGAGUAGGGGGUGGCUGGGAGGUCUGUCGAGGAGGGGGCAGAGGGCGGUGCUUUGA